CCCCUCUUUUUUCUUAUCUUCUCCUCUCUAUAAAUCUCAUUCCUCAAACCCCUCUCCCUCCAUCUCCAUAACACAACAUAACACAGAACUUUUUUUACCUCAAAAAUAUCAAAAACAUACUCAAAUACCAUAAAUACCCCUUUCAUCUCCUUUAUUCAAGUUUCAAUCUUUCACCUCAAAAUCUCUUCUUUCUUCAAUUCUAGUUAAUGGGUUGUUGCUAAAUCCUCUUUUAAUCUUCAUUUUCACUCUCAAAUUUCAAUUCUUAAGUUUUUUAUAUUAUGAAUAUGGAGCUUAUUUCUGGUUUACCCGAAGAUGUGGCCCGAGACUGUUUAAUUCGGGUUUCAUACCAACAGUUUCCAACGGUGGCUUCAGUUUGUAAAGGGUGGAAGACGGAGAUACAUACGGUGGAGUACCAUCGUCAACGGCGGAGAACCGGUAACAGUCAAAAAGUUCUUGUGAUGGUUCAAGCACGGAUUGAACCGAAUAAAACUGAAACCGGUUCAACAAAAAGACUUGUAAACCCGGUUUACCGGUUGAGUGUGUUUGAACCGGAAACGGGUUUUUGGAGUGAGUUACCGGCACCACCCGGUUAUAAUUCCGGUUUACCGGUUAUGUGUCAGGUAGCAUGUGUUGGUUAUGAUCUUGUUGUGUUGGGAGGUUUGGAUCCGGAAACAUGGAAAGCAUCGAAUUCUGUGUUUGUUUAUAAUUUUUUGUCGGCCAAGUGGCGUUGUGGGACCCAAAUGCCAGGUGGACCUCGUACGUUUUUUGGAUGUUCGUCAGAUGACCGCCAAACAAUUUUUGUAGCUGGCGGUCAUGAUGACGAGAAAAACGCAUUGAGGUCCGCUUUGGCGUAUGAUGUGGUGGCGGAUGUGUGGGUUCAGUUGCCAGAGAUGUCGUCGGAGAGAGACGAGUGUAAGGCGGUGUUCCGUGGCGGGAGGUUUAUAGUUGUUGGUGGUUACACGACGGAGAAUCAAGGGAGGUUUGAGAGGAGUGCGGAGGCGUUUGAUUUUGUGACGUGGAAGUGGGGUCAAGUGGAGGAAGAGUAUUUGGAUUGUGCCACGUGUCCUAUGACUUUGGUGGACGGUGGUGAUGAGGAGGAGAGUGUUUAUAUGUGUUGCAAUGGUGAAUUGGUUAUGAUGAGGGCUCACACGUGGCAGAAGAUGGGUAGGGUUCCAGAUGAGAUAUGCAACGUGGCGUAUGUUGGAGCGUUCGAUGGUUUUGUGGUUGUGAUUGGAUCAAGUGGCUAUGGUGAAGUGCAUAUGGGUUAUGUUUUUGAUGUAAAUAAUAAUAAUUGGAGAAAAUUGGAUUGUCCAGAUGGGUUUAAGGGACAUGUCCAAACUGGUUGUGUUUUAGAAAUUUAGGAAUUUUGAAUUUUCUACUUUUUUUACUUUUGAAUUUUCAACUAUCAAUAUGAUAUUUUGAAGUUGCUAAACUAGUGGGAGUUCAAGUGGAGCUAUGUUUUUUCCAUAGGCUAAAACUCUAUGGUUGAUGUAUUGGAUCACUCAAGCACAUAGCCAUCAAGAACUUUCGAACAAUGUUUUAAAAACUGAAUCAAACCGUUCAUUCAGUUAAAUCGAGAAUUGACAUUGUCUACGAUUUAGUUAUUUGAAUGGUUUGAUCGCAAUUUUGUAUAAGUUUGAAUAGUUAAAACACUUGAAUCAACAAUACUUGAAUGGUUUGAUUGCAGUUUUGUGUAAGUUCGAGUAGUUUAAAACACUUGAGCAAGUGGUUUGAAGAUUUCUCGGAUUCAAUAUCCACUUCAAUUUUAAACAUUGCUUUCAAGUUGUUGCUUGAACUCCUACAUUUUGUACAUUUUUUGGAAUGGUAUGGUAACGGUUUUAGUUAUUAA